UACAACUCCAUUUUCAUACACAGAAAUAGAAAUGAGAGUUUAAUAGAUAUAUAAAACGGCAUACUAAUUAUACAAGUAUAAGACAUAACUUUUGAUUCUAUGGUACAUUAACCUAUGAUAUCCGACGGGGUAAAGAUCUGUCUUACAUAACAGGAUACGGGGUGUCGAGUCAAUUUAUAGGUUAAUUUGUAAUUACUGACCACGUAGGUACUUGCCAUGAGACUCCACCAAGUGGGCUGCAGAUGUUAAUUAGACUGCCGGUGUCGUGAACCUGCUCACGAGUACCUAUCAUACAUUUCCAUGAUGGCGUCCAUUGCUCUAAUCGUAUUAAGUUUCCUGGCCAUCACUUCGGCAGCCAACGUCAACUACUGCCAGAAUUUAGGACCGACUCACGAUUUUGAUGAGGAAACGAUUUUAGGCAUGUGGUACGUCCAUGAAUACGUGUACCACAAAGAAAAUGUUACUAAAACUGAAUACAAUCCUUACUGCCCUAUCGUUCAAAUUAGGAAGUUUGAAGAUUACGUCGAGGGUGGAUUGUUGAAUCAUAACUUACCAACUCCGCCGACUCCGUACCCUCAGCUGACCAACUCUCCGUACGUGAACCGCCAGUACAACAUCCAGGAGCGAUACCGCAUCAGACACUUCGUGCUGGAGUGGCACGAGGGUCUCUGGCAGGACGACUACCACAUCAAGGUCAACACUUCGCACAAGGGAUUCUGGGCCACCGAUGUACCUAACAGAUCUGUCGGGGACAUGUACCGAUUUUUCGGCGGAGUGAUCCAAGUCCUCAAAGUAGCGAACAACCAUUUGGUGCUGAACUUCUGCAUGAGGCUGCCAAACUCUCAGCUGUUCAGCGUCGUGCUGUCCAGGAAUGAAAACCAGCUUACUCCAGAAGACUUGGCCAGUAUUCACAACGUGUUCACGUUGAAGCACCUUUCCACUUCUGCUCUCAAAAGAGUUUGUGAAAACUCCGCCUCAAAAAUGACAAUAUCAACGUUACUACUCUUCAUAAUCUCCUAUGCAAUCUGGGGAUCUCGAGUUUAACCAAUUAAUAGUCAAUUUUGUGUAACUAUUUAUAUACUAUAGUUUUUUAAAUACACAAGCGAUAUUAAUAAAUAAUAAUAUAUUUUUAUAUAAAAGAAGUGAAAUAAAUAUUUAUUACCGAA